AUGCCGACCUACAGCCAAUACGACUACACGGUUUUUGGGUUGUUAUGGGCCGUCCGGAUUGUUCAGGCCAUUUCUACAGUUAUCCGUCUGUAUACAACAAUUGUGACAACGUUACCAUGCCUGAUCUGCGGCUCGCUGAACCUGGCGCUCAUCUACUUUUGGCGGAACCUCGAGUUCGGGGCGGUCAAGGAGAAAUUGAGAUGCUGGGAGGGAAGGCAGCUGAUUUAUUCUGUUUUAAUCGUCCUCUCCUCCCUGCCGAUGUCUAUUUAUCAGAUUAUCAAAAUCUACGCAACCUGGGUGGAUGCAGACGAAUUGCUUGAGGACGCCACCGAAAUUUCGGACAUUUGCUACCUGGGAUUCGAGUUUGGCAACGCGUACAUUUUAUUUUUCCUGAAUCGCGAUAUUCGCCAAGAGUUCGUGCUGCGGUCCUCAAAAAUCCGUGCUUGCUGCCCGAAAGCGAUCUUGUUUGGAGCCUGGGGCGAGAUAUUCUUGAAACAU